UUCUUUCUAAAAUAUAUACCAAGAACAAUUAUUCAAAUAUUAGGUGAUAAAACAAGGCAAUCAACAGAUGUAAUGCCAAGUACAUACAUCACCUAUGAAUUUUUUACUUUCCCUAUACAUCUAUCUAAAGUAGUCAAAAAUAAAGCUAAUCCAAUAUUUGAUGAAAUACAAACAUGGAAAUUACCAAUAAAUAGUGAAGCUAUUCACAAAUAUUUAAUUAACGAGGUUUAUUUGUAA